UCCAUUCCUGCAACCCGCAUGUCCACAGUCCGCGUUUCGCAAUGUGCCAGUGUGUGCCACGAUAUCGUUGGUCAGCGGUGCAGUAAAUAUUAUUGCGCAUGCGUGUUGCGAUCAGCGAGAUUGUCGCGGGACAAAACAAAACGAAAUUUUCUACUGAAGUAUUUUUGUUGUUUUUUUAAAUAGUCGUCUUUUUCAACUAUCUAUCGUUACUUAAAUCAUUAUAAACCAGCAAGAAGUGUUAAUUUCUUAUGAUGAGAAUGUAGAGUUAUCGCAAACUUGUCGAAAUUGGUGUGUUUUAGACGAUUGCCUCGUGGAACAGGUGUGAAAGUCUUCAUAUGAGACGUUCGUGGAAUGUGUCAUAUGAAAUCUUGUAUGGCCUAAUCGUUUUCAUCCUUGGUGAAAAUUAGAAGAUGAACAUUUCAGGAGAAAAGUGGGUGGUGUCUAGGUCUCCGAGAGCGAAAAUUUGAUGCAAAAAUUGGUCCUUAAGGGGACACCAGACACCUCAGUACCCCAGACAUGGAUGGAGGAGAUCGUCCACUUGGUGAUGUUCAAGAAAGACAAGCUAUUGCUAAACUAGACCGAGAAGAUUUGGAGGAUAAAUUUCUUCGUUUGAGGGAGCAAAACAUUGAGCUGAAGAAAUAUGCAAGAAAACAGGAGGAUAAAAUCAAACGUAUGGCUACGAAGCUCUUACGUCUGGUUGCGGACAAGAAGAAAGUUGAUGGCGGUGAUGGAGGAAAACGAGAUUUCGAACAGGAAGAAAAAUUGGAGGAAAUGCAGGAACAAAUUCGAGAGCUGGAGAAACAAAAUUCUCACCUCAAAAACAAGCUGACACUUGCAAAGCAGCAGUCUCAUAGUGGAACAAAAAGACAUUCACCAUAUGGCCACGUCAAAGCUAAAGUAAACUCAGGUGUUCACAGCCGAGCUAAGUCAUCUCAACAGCAAAGGAUAAGUCAAAAUUUACGUGUUCAAGGAGACUUUAGGUCUCCCAGGCAUGUUCCACCACCAAUCUUACCACAACCAAGAUAUGGCCACAGUUUAUUGGAAGAAGCUAGGAUUGAAAAGGAGGAAUUAGAACAAGUGAUUCGUUCAUUGCAAGAAAAUAUCCGAAUCUUAGAAGAUGACCGACAUGAACUCAGAGAAGAACUCAGACAGAAAGAACGAGAUCAUGAAAUGAUUAUGACAAAAGUCCGAGAGCAGUUGUCUGGUGCUCAAAGAGACAAUAUCCAGGAGAAUGUUGAUAUGAUUAAACUACAACGUGAAGUGAAAGAAAAAGCCAGCAAGUUACAAGCUGUGGAAGCCAAAUAUUUGAGUCUAAGCGAGAAUUUGAGCAAGAUGAAGGAAAGUCACUCACAGGUUCUUGAUAAUAUGGAUAAACUAAAUGAAAAAUUAAAAGAGGAACAAUCAAAGUGUGUCAUGUAUCAAAACGAGUUGAAGAACAGCGGUGUCACAUCAAGGACACUUGUGGAGCAACAACAACUUAUUGAUGACCUUAAAGCCGAAAGUGAAAUAUUGAAACAAGCUAACGAAAAUCUAGUGAAAAGUGCAUUCGAUUCUGACCGAGAGCGCCAGCAUCAAGCACUUCAGAGGCAGUUAAAGGUUGAAAUCGCAACUCUCGAAGCAUCAGUGAAAUCCGAGUUGGAAGAGAAGAACGAGGUUCUUGAUCAGUUGAUGAAGGAGAGAGAGUCCAACGAAACGUUACAUCAAGAAAUUCGUGAUCUUAAAGUGAACCACUUUUCUUUAAAAGAAAAACAUGACGAGGUUUCUGAAAAGAUGAGGUUCUUUACCAAGGAAAGCGCCGUUGAUGUCCAGGAACUCGAAGAAGCUCUGACAUUGAUAAAGAGAAGAAAGGAGACUGGUAGUCAAGAUCUGGACUUUUUGGAGAAAGUUGACGAAGAAUUGGAUAAAAACGCUCAAAAACGUAUCCAAGAACUUCAAAUAUCUCACGCUGACACAAUUAACGAGCUCGAAAAGACAAGAAAUAUGCUGGUUUUACAACAUAAGAUUAACAAGGACUAUCAAACAGAGGUUGAGAGAGUUACAAACAAGAUGGUUGAGGACAAGAAAGAGUUUGAUCUGCGACUUCAAGAAUAUGCUCAAUUGUUGGACAUCAGGGCGGAAAGGAUAAAGAAACUUGAAUCUCAGAUGCGUGAUGUUGCGUAUGGCACGAAGCAAUACAGUGUUGUCACUGCUCCUGAGGAAACGGAAUUUGACGAGGAAACGAGCAGCGUUAAUCUUGAGAGGGGAGAGAAUCUCUUUGAGAUUCAUAUAGGAAAGGUAUAUUUAACGGGAGAGGCUGCGUCUUCCUUUGAAGGACUGGAGCCUAGUAGUUUUAUCACGUACGAGUUCUUCGAGCAUGAAAUUCAGGCAACUCCUGUCAUGAAAGGAAACAGAGUGGAUUUCAAUUUCACAUCUUUGUAUGUCGUGAAAAUAGAUGACUUCUUUUUGCAUUAUUUACAAAAGGAAUCAACAGUUGUUGAACUUCAUCGAGCUCUGGGAUCAUCUUAUGAAACUGUCGCAGCAUGUCAACUUAAACUGAGAGAAUUAUUAGAAAGAUCUCAUGGAAGACUUCACGGAACUGCGAAACUCAUAGGUACACAAUCGUCGAAUGAAGGAUCUGAGGUGGCAACCAUGGAUUACUGGGUACGAUUAAGAGUCCCUAUGGAACAAGCUAUAAGAUUAUUCAAGGAGAGAAGUAAAGCCCUGGGUUAUUUGAAUGCACGGGAUUACAAAGCCUUGGAGAAAACUGGUGACGAGUUACCUUCUGACGUCAAUGAGUUGUUUAUCACGAUAACACGGUGUUCCGACCUCAGAGCUCGUCGGGAAGAUGUGCAACCUUCACCUUACGUUGUGUACAGGUUUUACGAUUUCGCUGAUCACGACACAGACAUCAUUGCGAAUUCCAAUAAUCCGCAGUGGAACGACAGGAAAACCUGCCCUGUACCAAUGACGGAAGAACUGGACACAUACCUUCGCUCACAAAGUUUAGAAGUGUAUGUCCUGGACGAUGUGGAUCCUGAGACAACAGCUUACCUGGGUCUGGCAAAGAUUCCUCUCAUCUCCCUUGCUAAUGGCAAGAAUAUUAAAGGGUCUUUCGAUUUGAUGAAGGAAUCUGGUGAGAAAAACGGAACAAUAGAUAUUUCAAUGGCAUGGAGAAAUACUUAUCUCCCAGCAAGCGCAAAAGUAAAAACUGAACCACAGUACUUGCCGAUUGCUCAGGAGGAAAUUGAACGCGAGAGAGCCUUGGCCGAGCAGCCUGAGGAGAAACGUUCCCCUCCAAUCCCCCUCGUAACUUCAACGCCAAAGCAAUCUCAGGAGAAUGUUGUAAAGAAACCGCCAAAAGCGCGGCCGAGAUCUGGGAAGAAGAAAUCCUCUCGUCCUUCUUCGGCGAAAUCGUUGAACGGAGAGAUCUUUGGGGAAAACGAAAUGAUCAGCGAUGCCGUGCAUCUACCAGAUCACGACGAGGAGGUUGUAGUUCAUAAAGACAUGAGUAUCGAUGAGUUGAUACAAGCUUCAGAAGAACAACCCAAAGUUAUCGUGGAUACUCCCAGCGAUGAAGAGAGAAAGAAAUCAGAGCUUCCUUCAACGAGCGCCGUAGCUGAUGAGGCUGUUGAAACAGGAAGCCAAGAUACGAUGUUUGCUGAGGAAGAAACAGAUUCCCGGAACGACGAAGAGGAUGAUACGCUUGAACCAGUUAGCCGAGAACUUCCCGAAGAGCUGGUGUCUGGCAGCGAAGGUCAAACGAGCGACAGCGACGGCCUUGUGAUGUCAUCAAUGUCGGUUCAUGGCGCUGGCAUACCACAGAAUGGUCCUGCGCAAGUGACGAUAAUGGUUAGCAGUCUGAUGUUAUACCCAGACACGGGCAUCAUUAAUAAUGAAGCAAUUUCACAACUGUUCGUCGCGUAUAAGUUUCUGAAUUGUGACCCUGCUGAACUGGAAACACCAGUGUCUUUGCCAAAACCAGCUCCGAACAGACCCAUACACUACAACUUCAAGAAAGUUUUUCCUGUGGAUAAUGAAACUAACGAAGUAAAAAGAAGCUGGCUUGUUCAUACGAUAUCUGAAGAAAAUCCUGAGCAAGGAAGGUUGGUGUUUACAGUUGUCAGCGAACCUGGUUCUGUUGAUGACGGGGACUGUUUAGACGUCGCUUUUGCUGUUGUCGAUCUUUUACAGAUUGUGAAAGAUAAUGCUGAUAUCAUUGAUCAAGAUAUUGAACUCUACAGCCUACUGGACAGCAACGAGCUCGUUGGGUGUUUAACUGUAACAAUCGAAGCUCUUGAUGCGUUAAAGAGUCUCUACAGCAACGAAACCUGAAACAGCAAUGAUCAAAUCAUUGAACUGGAUUUUUUAUCGAUAAAUAUAUAAAUUAGGACUUCAUGAAAGCCUAUUGAUGAUAGCUAGACUAAUACGCGCGAUGUUUCUGGUCGUGCUAUACCUUAUAUUUUUCCUCUCUUUAUUAAUUCUUGUACAUUUUUUAUUUAAAGUCGACUAAAAUUACAUAUAAAAUUAUGC